UCCCGGUGUGUACUGGAGACUGAGUCAGUGUCCCGGUGUGUAUUGGAGACUGAGACAGUGUCCCGGUGUGUACUAAAGGCUGAGGCAGAGUCUUGAUCAUUUCGGAGGUUUCAAGGGGGGAUAUGGUGAGGGGUGUGUUGAAUCUCGGAUUAGCCACGGUCCCGUUGGACUGUGGACCCCGUUUGAGUGGGCCGAAGAAGCUGCUCUCAUUCUGUUUGUGAUUAUCUUGAUCUGUAUCCCGCUUGGAGUGGUAGUGUUGGGGUGGACGGAGUAAUAUCCAACCAGCUGUUUCCACAGCUCGGACUGACAGAUCCCCCACAGGAAUGAGCUCCCCGGAUGAGGGCACAGAUUGGCUCUUGCAGCUCCUGAAGGAGGUCCAGCUCGAACAGUUCUACCUGCAGAUCCGCGAUGACCUCAAUGUCACCCGCCUCUCGCAUUUCGACUUCGUGAAGACCACCGACCUGGAGCGGAUCGGAAUGGGCCGUCCCGGACAUCGCCGUCUCUUCGAGGCUGUUAAAAGGAGGCGUAUGGUGGGCCGCCCGAAAUCCUGGAUGUCCAAGAUGUUCAGUGCACGGAGUGGCGACUAUUACGACCAGGCCCCUUACACAAGUGGCCCUCCCUCAUCGGCCAUGGAGCCUGAGGCCGCUCCGAAGAGUCUGAUUAACGACAGGGACCUGUUGUUGUGCGAGCGGCUGGGGAACGGAUCCUUCGGGGUGGUGAGGCGAGGAGAGUGGAGGUUACCGAAUGGCCACGUUAUAAACGUGGCGGUGAAGUGUCUGAGAUCGGAUAUCUCGAGCGAGACGGACGCCAUGGCCGACUUCCUGCAGGAGGUGAAUGCGAUGUACGCCUUCGACCACCCCCACCUCAUCCAGCUCUACGGCGUCACCCUCACCCACCCCAUGAAGAUGGUGACAGAGUUGGCCCCAUUAGGCUCUCUCUAUGAUUACCUGAGGGCGAGACACAGCGCGUUCCCCAUCCACCGGCUGUGGCUCUACGCUGUCCAGGUGUGUGAGGGAAUGGAUUACCUGGAAUCCAAGCAUUUCAUCCACCGGGACCUGGCAGCCCGGAACGUUCUGCUGGCAUCCGAGGACGUGGUGAAGAUCGCUGACUUUGGUCUGACUCGCUCCCUCUCCAGCUCCAACCAUUACGUGAUGCAGGCUCAUCGCAAAAUCCCCUUCGCCUGGUGUGCUCCGGAGAGCCUCAAAUCCGGAACGUUCUCCCACGCGUCGGACGUCUGGAUGUUCGGGGUGGUGCUGUGGGAACUGUUCUCCUACUGCGAGGAGCCCUGGAUGGGCAUGUACGGCCGGGAGAUACUGCUGCUGAUCGACCGGGAGAGGCGGCGACUGGAGCAGCCCCUGGACUGUCCCUCAGAGAUGUACUCGGUCGCCCUGCAGUGCUGGGCCCCGGACCCUGAGCAACGGCCCAGCUUCGCCGCCCUGAGACCCCUCCUCAAAGAGGUAAAACCCCCCACCCCCACCCUCACCCGGGAGGGAGAUAGGGAGUGA